UACAAGUCCCGAGAAGCAGUGCGACGAGGCACCAGUCCAAGUCGUUUGCGCCUGCGCGCCGCGGGCGGGGCCUCUGGGGCGGAGCGGCCACCAUCUUGGAACGGGAGGCGGAGCAGAGCCGACUGGGAGCGACCGAGCGGGCCGCCGCCGCCGCCAUGAACCCCGAAUAUGACUACCUGUUUAAGCUGCUUUUGAUUGGUGACUCGGGCGUGGGCAAGUCAUGCCUGCUCCUGCGGUUUGCUGAUGACACGUACACAGAGAGCUACAUUAGCACCAUCGGGGUGGACUUCAAGAUCCGAACCAUUGAGCUGGAUGGCAAAACCAUCAAACUUCAGAUUUGGGACACGGCUGGUCAGGAGCGGUUCCGGACCAUCACUUCCAGCUACUACCGGGGGGCUCAUGGCAUCAUCGUGGUGUAUGACGUCACUGACCAGGAGUCCUACGCCAACGUGAAGCAGUGGCUGCAGGAGAUUGACCGCUACGCCAGCGAGAAUGUCAACAAACUCUUGGUGGGCAACAAGAGUGACCUCACCACCAAGAAGGUGGUGGACAACACCACGGCCAAGGAGUUCGCAGACUCUCUGGGCAUCCCCUUCCUGGAGACAAGUGCCAAGAACGCUACCAAUGUCGAGCAGGCGUUCAUGACUAUGGCUGCCGAGAUCAAAAAGCGGAUGGGGCCUGGGGCAGCCUCAGGGGGUGAACGGCCCAACCUCAAGAUCGACAGCACCCCUGUAAAGCCCGCUGGUGGUGGCUGUUGCUAGAAGGGGCAUGUGGAGUGGGACAGGAGGGGGCAUCUUCUCCAGAUGAUGCCCCUGGAGGGGGCAGGAGGUGCCUCCCACUCCCUCUCCUGGGGCAUUUGAGUCUGUGGCUUUGGGGUGUCCUGGGCUCCCCAUCUCCCUCUGGCCCAUCUGCCUGCUGCCCUGAGCCCUGAUUCUGUCAGGGCCCCCCAGGGAAGACACCCAGGACCUGUGGCUAGGGUGGGGCUUGCUCUGCUGCUGCCUCUAGGUAACUUUAAAGACUCCCCACCACAUACUUUUCUUUGGAACGAGGGCUCCUCCGUCUGUCUCCCCCAGCCCCCAUGUAUGCUGCACUGGGUUUCUCUCCUUCCCUUCUCCCUUCCCUCCCUACUUCCCUAAAGCUGAGAGCCUUCCUGCCCUCUGCCGCCCCUGGCUGCAGUCAGGGGCUGGGGCCAGGACCUGGGAUCCAGGGUUCUGGGCCGGACCUCAGGAUGGGUGUGGGGGUCACAGGGGCUCAGCAGCCCACCCUUUCCCCCUCCCACUGCCUCCCCUCCCACCCCUCCUACACUCCCAGCUCGAGCCGUCCAGCUGCGGUGGGAUCUGAGCACAUCGAGGGCAGGUGGGCGGGCAGCCUUGCUGGGCCUGUGUCUUGAGCCCAGAGGGAGCCUGCUCCUGCCGCCCCCUGCCCUGCCAGAGCCAGGCCUGUGUACUGCCUGCCCACCGUGCCCCUUUGUCCCCACGGCAGGCAGAGGCGGAAGGCCCACCAUGCGGAAGGCCCACCGUGCCGAGGCCAGGCACCAGCCUUAACCCUCACUCUGCCAGCACCUCUCCCUCCCCGAGGCAGCACAUCUGGCUUAUUCCCCCUCCCAGCCCUUGGAGCCUAGUAGGGCAGAUCCUCAGCCCCUGCCGCUACUUCUCUGGGGAAUGUGGGUUCAACCCAGGGUUGGGGGACCUCUGCUUACCCCCUUCCCACCCAGGAUCCUAGCCCCCUGCCCUCUGGCACAGCUGCUUCCUGCAGAAAAACACAUUUUUGGUCUCUACCUAAGAAGCCAUGUCCCUUGUGCUGUCUCUUGCCUGUCCCACCUGCCCUCCAACUUGUAUUUAAGUCCCUGGGCUGCCCCUUGGGGCAUCCUUCAUUCCCAGGUUCCCCUCUGGUGUCAUGUCAGGCAUUUUGCAAGGAAAAGCCACUUGGGGAAAAGAUGGAAAAGGACAAAAUAAAAAUCAAUAAAUUUCCACUGGCCCUCGGGUGAGCCGAGGGUUUUUGCAAGGAA